AGGACGUGUCAGUUUCAGUGUCAGUGUCAUUGUCAAUACCUUGACAAUGCCUGAAGGAAACGGAGCAGCAGGCGCAGCGCCUGCUGCGCAAGAGGAGCAAGUCUUCAAUCAUGUCGCGCCUUGUAUGGGGAGCCACCCUCUAUUUCGGUAUGCAGUUCGUUAUGAAGCAGUUCAUGCCUGCUCCGCAGCAGAGCAAGACUGUCACCGAUGCCAACGGCCAAGCGGUUCAGGUCCCCACGAACACGGGUGACGUCCCUGCCUAUGCGCUCCGACCCAACAAGCUUGACGAGGGUGCUACAUGGAAUCCUGUGCCACAAAAGAUCGCUCCCAUGUGGCCCGACGACAGCGUGGUCGACAUCAUCAUCACCCUCUCGCCGUCCAUGAAGCCCAAGCCCCUAAGAGACACGCCUGAGGAUAUGAUCGUCUUCCGAGAGACCGAGUACAGUUUGGGCAACUGGAGCGAGAAGCGCACUAUAGAUACGACCAUCACGGUGCCGGCGUCUGUUCAGAACAACGGAACUCUCUGGGGCCAUUUCUAUGUCGGCCUGCACGAACAGGGGGUCAACCUGGAUCCGACGCAGAAGCCAUACGACCCCUCCAAGGCAUACUACUUCCUCUACCCCUUCACCCAGUAUAUCCCAAAGAAAAAGGUUGCCAAGACCCGUAGUCUCCUCGAGAACAAGAAUCUUACCGAGGCUGAGGAGGCCGAGGCCGCCGAAGCUGGGUCUAUCGUCAUCGGCAACUACUAUCACCCAAACACCACCAUCUCCUUCGUCCCGGGUGCUGGCACCAUGAUGUACCCGACGACCAAUGGUGCUGCCCGCCAGUUCAUCACCCUCGAGCCUACCGGUGCCAGAGAUGGGUCUGGUCAGAACUCGUGGUACUAUCCUAUCCUGUUCGUCAAUGGCUUUUGGCAGCUCAAGAGCCACUUCAACCCGGUCAACGAGACUGUCAAGACGCUGCCGCUCCACAUUGAGCUGAACAACCUUGCCAACUGGAAGUUCCAGCUGAUGGCUUCCGUCGAGUUUGGCGGACGUGAAUCUGCACGUCAGGCCGCGUUUGGAAAUCCCGUCGCUGGGGGCGGUGAUGGUUCGGAGAUCGAGAUGGUGAAGGAGAUCUUCCUCGAUACUAAUCCGAUCCUUCUUGGUAUCACCAUUGUCGUCAGCAUUGCACACAUGCUCCUCGAGACGCUGGCCUUUGGUUCCGAUAUUGCACACUACCGCAAGAAGAAGGAUAACGUGGGCAUCUCUGUCCGGACGAUCCUGGCAAACGUCUUUAUGCAGACCAUCAUCUUCCUUUACCUGGUGGAUAACUCACAAAACACCAGCUGGAUGAUUCUGGGCACACAGGGCGUCGGCAUCGUGAUCGAGCUGUGGAAGGUUACGACCGUGGUCAACAUCAGGGUCCGCGACGCCCCGCCCGGCUCAUGGCUUCCGAAGCACAUCGUCUUCGAGGACAAGCACAAGCUCAGCGAGACGGAGCAAAAGACGCAGGAGUAUGAUGCGAUUGCCUUCAAGUACAUGUACUGGGUCGGGGUACCGCUCCUGAUCGCCUACGCAAUCUACUCGCUCGUGUACGAGGAGCACAAGUCGUGGUACUCGUUUAUCAUCACAACACUUGUGGGGUCGGUGUAUGCGUACGGAUUCCUGAUGAUGGUGCCGGCGCUUUACAUCAACUACAGGCUCAAGAGUGUGGCACAUAUGCCGGGCAAGGCCAUGAUGUACAAGUUCCUGAACACGUUCAUCGAUGACCUGUUCGCAUUUACAAUCAAGAUGCCCAUCCUGCACCGGCUGGCGACAUUCAGAGACGACAUCAUAUUCUUUGUGUAUAUAUACCAGAGGUGGGCUUACAAGAUUGACUACACUCGUGUCAAUGAGUUUGGACAGGGCGGAGACGACGAGGAGGAGGAGAAAAAGGAAGAAAAAAAGGAGGACGAUGCUAAGAAGGAGCUUCCUCCUGCGUUAUCAGAGGAGGCUUCGAGCGCAAAGACGACCGGUGCUAGCAGCAAGGGCAAAGCAACCAAGAGAAAGUAG